AUGGACAAGUCGAACAGCGCGUUUCCUGCUGCUUGUCUCGUCAAACACGUCGCUCGAUUGAUCGACGACUCUCCUCCAACUUCCUCUCGCACACUUUGUGUGAUGGCCUCGAAUAAAGAUCUAGUCUGGCCUCCGCAGUCAACAGCAGAUGUUCUAAACCUCACACCACGCAAAUCCCGCCUACCAAAUCAAUCAAUUCCCACCUCCCCAUCCCCUCUCCGAAAGGCUCCCCUUCCAUUUCUAGUCGGUGGCGGCGACGGCGCACACGACGGCAAUGACGAAGAAGAGGAUGAUGAAGAAACGCUCCAACUCAGGCUCGCCCAAAUAGAAGCUAAGCUAAAGCUCAAGAGACUACAAAAGAAACAAGCUUCACAAAAACAGGCAUCAUCUAAAUCUAAAGCAGUGGUCCAAGUCCCGCUAUCGCCAAAGUCGACAAAAACCGAACCGGUCCUUCCAAAGUCACCUUCAAGAGUCCUGUUAGGGAUAGAUAAGGGAUUGACUGGAAGGGAUGUUUCUCUACGAAGAGCACCAUCGCUGAGAACUGGAAGUUCUAGACCUGGGACUGCUUCGCCGCAAAAGCCAAAGAAGACUUUCAGUAAGAGGAUUGCAGAAGAGCGAAGGAAUGGCAGGGAGAAGGCUGAGCGUCAGCGUAUGAUUGAGAGUAGCCGGAGUAAGGGAUUCGCAAGCUUUGGCAAUGGACCUCCCCCGAGCAUUACUAGCGGCCCUCCGCCAACCUUUGGCCCUAGGGGAGUCUUACAAUCUUCGGGGUCUGCAGCUACUGUAGCUCAACUUUCUAAACCACCAUCACCUUUAGCCUCAGCAGCGCUAGAAGGCAUCACGGACCCCUUUACCGCCAACUCAAAAUCAACCCCACCACCCGAAGACCCCGAUUCCACAGACGAGGGUGGUUUCGACUCCUUCUCAGGCCUGCACCUCUCCCGCCGUCUGAUUACCCACGUCACCCUCUCCCGCCACCUCUCUCCGAAAACCAUCUUCCUCCUCUCACACCUCCUAAGAUCCAUCAAAUCUCCCGACUUUGAACCACCCGACGUCCUUGGCGACUGGGUUGUGAUGGGCAUAAUCUGUUCGAAAUCCUCUCCAAGGGACGUCGGGCAGAACACCCAAAAGAGGGGCACAGGGAAAUACAUGGUCCUCCAAAUAACUGAUCUAAAAUGGGAGGUAGAGCUCUUCCUGUUCGGCGCGGGGUUCGAUAAUUUCUGGAAGGUUGGCGUGGGCACUGUGGUUGCAUUGCUUAAUCCUGGCAUACUGAAGCCGAGGAUCACGGAUACAGGGCGGUUUUCACUUACUUUGACGGAAGGUGAUCAAUUACUGGAGAUCGGCCAGGCCAGAGAUCUGGACUAUUGCAAAACCGUUAAGAGAGAUGGGAAGAGAUGUGCAUCCUGGGUUGACAAGCGCCACACCCACUAUUGCACCUUCCAUGUCGAACAAGCCCUGAACAAAUCCCGUGUAUCCCGUGCAGAGGUAAAUUCAACUACGAGAAUGUUCUCCCCGCCAAAGCAGAAAGGCACCCUCCGACCCCGGAGAUUCUUCGGUCGUGGCAGACCCAACGGACCAUUCCGCGAUGACGGCCUACUCCCUGACGUCGAAGGCGGGGGAAUAGCAGACAUUCCACAACGCGCCGGCGGUGCUGGCGGUAGAGUCUACAUCGCGCCGGGCCGGUCGACGGCCAGUUUGCUGGACGACGCAGAGUACCUUGCUGACUCCUUCCUCCGUGGCAGUAAAGAGGACAGAAUGCGCAAGCGCCUGGCCGACGCGCAGAAGGAGCGGGAGUUGACGAAGAGGAUCAUUAAGUCCCAGGGAAUAGAGGGCGGGGUUGGGGUGGAUUACCUGAAGAAGCAGGUGCGAUGGGGUGAAGAUGAGAUUCAGAAAAGGCAGGGGGAAGCGGGGGUUGCUGCUGCUAGCAGUAGAAAUUUGGACGAUGAAGCAGCAAACACUCUAUCCUCACUUCGUCAGAAAGCCAAAGAGGCUACCAACGUUAGCCUCUCGCCGAUUAAACGGAAGAGACCGGCCUCGCCGGCCCCACCGAAGAAGAAAAUAAGGUUUGCCGGACUAGAUGCUCUCGAGGAAGAGGAUGAUGACUUAGUUAUUGUAUGA